AUGGAUCCUGAUGAUUGGCUCCUGCCCAGAGAUGUUCCUUCAUGGUGUUUCCCCCCAGAGGAGAAGCCCCUUACCUGGGGAGAAUGGUUCUGGCUCAUUGUUGAGGGUGUUGCUUCUUCGGCUCGGAAAGUCUGCUCCUUACUGUGCCAAGCAACUCUGAAGCUCACGAUCCUUUUCAUCUCAACUGUUGCCUGUGGCUUGAUCAUCGGUUGGUUUCUCAACAACGAAACCUACACACCCACGCCAUCAUCCCCCGAGUUCAGUGUAUCCUAUCAAGAGCACGUCAAGUUCACGUCCAAGGACUUUGACCAUCAUGGAAUCCAUCGACAGACCACAGACGACAAGAAUGGCGCCCCUCGACUUGACUUCCCAGAGCCCAGACUUCUCCUAAGCCGCAACUGGAAGUUGUUUACUGGCGAUACGUUCAACAAUCUCCAGUCCGAACUUGCCUACCACGCCCACGAAACCUGGGCAGUACAGGCCAAAGGUCUCACGUUCAAGGCUGACGUGAUUAUACAAGGACAACUUGAAAGGUUCAGCUAUUGCCAGGAACUCUGGCACGAACCGUCGAACAUGGCUAAUGAGAAACUCCACCUGGUCAUCGCGAUGAUCAAGAAAAAGCGCGACGAACUCUCAUCCUUGGCUCAGCGGAUGGACAAAACCCCAUGUUCGCGUUGCUCCCUUCAACAAACCACUCGCCGAAAUGUCGAGGCCCUGAGCCACAUGGCUUUCCUCCUUGGCCUCGCCGCGAAGGAGCAGGUUAGGAAGCUUGCGAUUGACACAUUUUGCUUCCAAUCCGUUGAGCGGAGCUUGUAUUUUUCGAUGGGCGACUUCGACAAAGCGGAAGACCUUAUCCCGGAUGAUGGAGCAUGGAGCCUGUGGGACCACAUACUGGCCGAUGUAGAGAUGCUCAAGACAUCUACCGAAUUUGCUGCCCGCGAAGCUAGCCAGUUUGUUUCCUUUUUCCAAAAUCACCUUGAUAGAGCCCGUUUGAUCUAUCACGAUGUCCAAAUGGAACAAGAGAACAUGUCACGGUGGCUCGAGAAUGCCCAAGGUCCCUGCGGAGUCUCUGAGAAGCAAAUCGAUGUUCUCGAGAAGGUUAACAAUCUACUCAAUCAAGGCCAGUUAUUGUCACAGGGGACGGGUGGCCGAGUUCAGAUGUAA